AUUCCCCAGCAGUCGGGGUGUUCUUCUCUGGCUGCACUGCUCUUGGGUUCCCAGUGUCUCUGCUCUCUCUCUCUCUCAAUAUGGCUGUGCAUCUGGUCCUGGCGCUUCUGGCUCUGGCGUCUCUGAGUGUUGCAUCCACACCAGACUGUAAAGAACUGAUUAAACCCCUGGUACUGGAAGACCAUACUGAGAUCUAUGGCAAAUGGGUAUAUGUGAUGGGGUCAGCCGAUCAAUUAUUUUUUCAAAAUGCUUUACGCACUCUGCAAAGCUCCUGGAUAGACCUGUCGGCAACGUCUGACCAUAAAGCAGUCACCCUACGAUGGGGAGAUCGCAUUGAUGGCAAGUGCAUCGUGGGUUCAACAAUUGCAACAAUCAACGGCACAACAUCCACAGUUCAGCUCCAUUUGUCAGAACACAAAGGUCAUUACCUGGAGACCUGUCCAGACUGCCUGCUAUGGUCAGACACCACCCGUAAUGGAGACGUCACUGGCAGAUACCUGCUGCUGUUCACAAGAACCGGUCAAAUGGAUCCCACAUACCUGGACACAUAUAGGAAGCAGGCAGAGUGUCUGAACUUCCCAGAUAAACACCAUUCCUACGAUGGUAAAACAGAGCUAUGCCAUGAUGACAAGGAGAAGGUGGUGAAAGAGGACACAAUGAAGGAGAAGGAGGCUACAGAGGAGGAGGAGUCUACAGAGGAGAAGACUACAGAGGAGAAGACUACAGAGAAGUUAUGCCCUACAGAGGAGCUGUGCUCUUAUGAAAAGGAGAAUGAGAAGGUGGUGAAAGAAGAGACUAUGAAGGAGAAGCAGACUACAGAGGAGGAAGAGAAGACUAAAGAGGAAACUACAGAGGAGGAGAUUAAAGAGAAGACAAUAGAGUGAACAAGAUAAGCAGAUUCGUCCUGUGUUGCGCAACAAACACCUCCUCAUACUGGAACUUUUAUACAAUAACCACUAACCAAAUACCACUUGUACUUCAAUGCACUUUCAAUGUGUUUUAUAUGAAUGUCAAUAAAUUGUCUCUUUCAUGUACAUGAUAAGUUAUGUGCUCUGCCGUUACCAUGUUAAAAUGCUAACAUUGUAUCCUGGAAUGGUCCUUUGGUCUGGGUUGAGUUAGAAUUUUAUGUUUUUUCACCGUUCCUGUCAAACAAAGCUUCAAAAUGCAUGAAAAACUAUAUACAUUUAAAAAAAUGCUAACAUUUAUGCCGUAAACUUUAUUUCAACCUUUAUUUCUACCUAACAGGAAGUAAUAUAACAAAAUGACAGUUCAGACAGACAUUCAAAUAAAACAUUUAAACUCA